CUCUGCAGAGGGUUGAGAAAGUUUACGCGAGGGGGACAGAAAGAAGAGAAGGCGCGGUCGGAGUACUCCCAGCAAGUCUCCAUUCGGGCUAUUGUUUUUUUUGUGCGUGUGCGUGGAGGUGAUUAAUAAUAUGGACGCUUUGAAAUCGGCAGGUCGAGCGAUCAUAAGGAGCCCCAGCAUCGCGAAGCAAAGCUGGGGAAGCAGCAAACACAAAAAGUUGCCAGAAAACUGGACAGAUACAAGGGAAUCACUCCAGGAAGGAAUGAUAUUUAAUCUGAAGUAUCUGGGCAUGACCCUAGUUGAAGAACCGAAGGGGGAGGAUAUGUCUUCUGCCGCUGUCCGAAGGAUAGUUGCUAUGGCUAAAGCAAGUGGGAAGAAAUUUCAGAAAGUGGUGUUGACUGUGUCACCACGAGGAAUAAUUCUACACGAUGGGACCAGUAAUGAAUUAAUAGAAAACGUCUCCAUCUACAGGAUAUCCUAUUGCACAGCAGACAAAGUGCAUGACAAAGUUUUUGCCUACAUUGCUCAGAGCCAGUUGAAUGAGACAUUAGAAUGCCACGCCUUCCUUUGUACUAAGAAAAAACUGGCUCAGGCAGUGACAUUAACCGUGGCCCAAGCUUUCAAAAUAGCUUUCGAAUUCUGGCAAGCUGCCAAAGAAGAGAAAGAGAAAAGAGCAGCAAUUGGGUCUUCUGUCAGUGGGGCAGCUGAUAAACCUCCACUGGAAAGAUCAAUCAAUAACCACUUCAAAACAGAAGUGGCCACGGCAGAUUUGUUGGACUUAACAGAAGGAGCCAAGCCAGCAAGCCGCAGAAGUGAGCUCUCCAAUGCAGAUAAACAGUACUCGAUCAGUGACAACCUUGUGUGGGAAAUGAAUGAUGAUCUGGAUGAGGCUUUUGCAAGGCUGGCGCAGUCUCGAACAAACCCUCAGCUUCUGGACAUCAGCGUGAGCCCCCAGGACGUGCAGACGGACGAAUGCUUAUCUCCAUCGGACUGGGAGAAAAGUGACAAUGGAGUCACAGAAAAAGAUGAUGUGUUUGCACUCUGAUAGCAUGAGGGCCGUGGAGAAUAAACAGCUCGGCCCAAAGGAGGGACUCCCCCACCCUGAAACGGAACACCAUGCCUUCUGACAGUCAGAUGGAAUACAAGAAGGCUGGUUUGUGAAAGGAACUUUGAUCUGUGUUGCUGUGGGACUGAAAUGGAGAAAUAAUGAUGUUAACACUUGUGGUGCUGCCUUUAGGGAGGUCCAGACCAAAGCAAUCAAAAUGCCUUGGAAAGAAACCAUUUAAGCUUCUAGACCCAGCCAGUGGCACACAUCUCAGCCUAGGUUGGCUGUUCAUUUCAGAAGUUAUUGGUCAAAAUAAAUCUUUUUUAAAAAACUACAGAUUUUUAUCUAUGUAGAAAAUGGAUUUCCAGUGAAUGCUAACCAAUUAUAUAUUUUUUCCAAUAAUUAUUCAUACUAAAUGAACAAGCAUCUUAUUUUACCUUUGACUCUUGCAUUGUUCACCCAAGCCACUAAAGUAGGACUGAUCAAAACUGUGUAACCUUCUUUGUUACAUUUCAGAUGUAAACAAUUGUUACUUUGAAUGUUAGGAAAAGCAAGAAAAAAUGCAGAUGCUGGAAAUCUGAAAUAUAAAAAAAAUUGGAAAUACUCAGCAGGUCGGGCGGUGUGUGUGGAAGAGGAACAGUUGCUGUUUUAGGUGAAGGCUCCUUCCCCAGAUUCCCACAGUUACCGUGACUAUUCCCACUCUGCCUCCUCAGGCCCAUUGUGUCAGCUCGGAUGAGACUUUCUGUGUAGGUCCUCCUUCUUCCUAGUUUCCACUCUUCCAUGGAUGACAAGAGCCCAUCACCAUACUAUUUCUUUUGCCCUCACCCCUCCUAUCCCCUUGCACAAGGAUGGGGGUUUUUUCUAGCUCUCGGUUUCCACCCCACGAGCCUCUGGAUUCAGCCUUUACAAAUUCCAGCACGACAUAGAUUUCCCUCCCCUUUCAGCAUUCUGAGAUGACCAUUCCUUUAGUGGUAUGUCUGUGAUUUUCAUCUGCACUCACUGUAGGAGAUACAGCACCCACCGCUGUCUGUGAGGAGUUUGCUUGUUCUCUCCGUGACUGUGUGGGUCUUCUCUAGGUACCCCAGUUAGUAAGGUCAGGGCAAGAAAGUUGUGGGCAUGUUGGAAGUGUGGCAGCACUCGCCGGCUGUUCCCAGGCCAACCUCAGACCCUGCUGCUCCUUGCUGCAAAAGGAGUAAUUCACUGUAUGCAUUGACGUAUUGUGACAAAUAAAACUAAUCUUAAUCUGUCUGUUUAGCUCUUCCUUCUCCAUCGGCUGAGGAUGCAAGCACUCCAUCCAAGGGAAGCGCCAAUUCUGCUAAAAAUUUCAAGCUGGUGUCUUGCAUUCUUUGUCUGUAUAUUGGGGAGAGCAAACUGAGAUUGCAAUGCACCAGUGUUCAAUUUGCAGGGAUGAUGUUGUGCUUCCUGUGCCCACCUCUUUAAACUCUCUUUCAUGCACCCACUCCAAGUUCUUUUAUCUUUGGAUUCCUGCACUGUUUUAAUUCAGAAAUCAAAGGUGUAAAGGGACUUAGGAGUCUUUGUGCAGGAUUCCCUAACCUGUGCAGGUUGAGUCGGUGGUGAGGAAGGCAAAUGCAAUGUUAGCAUUCAUUUUGAGAGGACUAGAAUAGAAAAACAGAGAUGCAAUGCUGAGGCUUUCUAAGGCUGUCCUGAGACCCAAUUUGGAGUAUUGUGAGCAUUUCCGGGCCCCUUAUCUAAGAAAAGAUGUGCUGGCAUUGAAGAGGGUCCAGAGGAGGUUCAGGAGAAUAAUCUCAGGAAUGAAAGGGUUAAAGUAUGAGAUGCAUUUGAUGGCCCUCACCUGUACUUGCUACAGUUUAGAAGAAUGAGGGGGGGGGGGGGUCUCAUUGAAAC